AUGGCAAUUCUAGAGAGGGGUUUCUUUUUGUUCUUCCUCGCCGUGAUUUUGAUCCUCUGCCAAUCUUUUGCUCAACGUUCCACAAGUAGGGCCAACAGAAAGCUGGCAGAAACGAACAGGCUACGAAACGGAGAAGGUAAGAGUAACCAUCUAAAAGAUUAACACAAAGCAUCUGUGUAAGCGUAGCUUUUCCACAGUCUAUUCGAAGAGUCGAAUGGAUAACUCUGUCAGGGGUUGAUCCACCGGUUAAAACUUGAUUGAGCCAAUUAGGAAAACAGAAAGGAUUUUACCGAUAUUUCACUCUAUUUGGCAUUUUACCAAGAAGAACAUUCUAGAUGACUAGGCCACUUACGUGUCGAGUACUUUUUUGAGACAAUGUAUAUUUUUUUUGCUCCCCCUUUCCCUUCUCACACUCUGGAAGGAUUGAAAAAAUAACUCACUGUAUGAAACAAAGUUACCUCUCAUUGUAUAUUCCACAAGCUUUUAAACUCAAAUGGGAAACAGAAGUUUGGUCACGAGAAAGAUCAAUUCAUACGCCAUAGAAAGUUGUUGUUUCUAAAAUGUUCAAGGAACAGUAGUAGUUUUGUUUUCAGUACACGCAUGCGCUUUCAAGUCUGAAAACAAGGGUACCUUUCAUAAACCAUCCCAUAGGCUUUUGUAUUUAAAUGAAAAACAGAAGCAGUACAUUCACGGGAAUUAACAGUUCCCAAACCAUAAAUUGUCUUAUAGCUUAAACGUUCGAGGAAUACUUUUGAUUUCUUUUCGGUGCACGCAAACAUUUUCAAGACUUGCAGCAAAACGAAGCGAAGCUUAAAACAUUACGAUAUUUCCAUUAUUGGACCGGAAUCAUUGAUACAUUCUUCUUUAACCAAAAUCGGUUUUCACUAUAUCUGUACAGCUAUUUUUAGUCACAGAAGUGAAUACAAUUUGUCGAAGCCUUUUUUUUUAAUAUCUAAAAUAAUUUCAUGACUGUAUCAGUAGGCAGUGGUGGACAAAGACUGAAUAGAUUUGUUUAGAUGCUUUCGUAAGGAAAGACUUUAUACAUAUCUGAUAUAGGUCGUCAAUCUUUCUUCUUUUCCAAUGCCAAAAAUAAAAUACAGAUAUUUACACGUACAUGGCCGUAAAAGCCUUCGAAGGUUAAGUGGCUGUACUCCCUUGAGACAAAAGUUCAUCAUUUUCCUGUUUUUGACGGUUAAGCUUAAAACUUUUCCGUCAAUCUUAAGCGCACACACAUGACGUUUUCCACAGUGCUAAUCACUUGUCUCAUGUCAACACAGUAUAUGAACUAACUCACCACAGAGGUGUUUGUAGCUUAGUCAUUGCACUAUCCUAUCUCGAAAUCGGAAGGUAUGACACUCGCAUUUUAUGGUAUUCAAUAUUUCCUUUCCUUUCUUUUUCCUCACACCGAAACGAUUACGAGACGUUUAUCAUCCGAAAUUAGAAAAACAAAGGGUCUUAAUGAACUUUUACUCUAGAUUCCGGAAGCGUUUGAACCAAACCUUUUCGGCACGUCAUAAAAUGAUAUUCUAACUCACAUGCCCUUAAAAAAAACAUCAAAGAUGUCAUUAAAAAAAAAUAAUAAAUAAAUUAAAAAAAAAUAUAUAUAUAUAUAUAAUUGUGGGAAAUUGUAGCAAAUGCUAUUGGAAAGUGCUCAAUACACAUGACUGUAGAGCGAAAUACAAUUCAAAAUGACUAAAAUGAAACACGCAUGAUUCUCCGUAACUCUAAGUUUCGUGCUUACGCACUCGUCAGACAGAUUUAAAUCUGUCUGACGAGUGCGUAGGCACGAAACUCAGAGUUACAGGGAAUCAUGCGUGUUUCAUUUUGGUCAUUUUGAAUUGUUUAUAUAUAUAUAUAUAGGCUGAAGGGUUGGUACAUGUCCGCAGAUAGACCAAGAAAGAAAUAUCAUUUUACCGUGACAACCAAAUCGGUUUUCAAUUUAACCACAUCUGUAUUGUAUUAAAGCAGAUCACGCAACAGAUACAUACUCUACAAGUUUGUGUUAAUUUUUUGUGCCCUUUAUACAAAAGGUUUAAUUUCAGACCUACCGUAAGUGGACAGCGGGUGUCUCUAAAAAGAGAUCGGUUUCCGUGCACCCUUAUGUAAGGUAUUUAAAGUAUUAGUUUCGCAUUUACAUUCAAAAGGAAGCAACAAUCAAACAAAAUAAAAUCGGUUUUUCAUGAUAAUCGAUGAAAGAUGGUUCAACAGAUGAAUACUCAGCAAAGCGUGUCAAUUGUCAGAGCCCCCUUAAUUUAAAGCUUUAGUUUCUGACCAGCAAGAACCGCUUUGAGCACAUUUGUUUUCAAGAGUUCCGUGAGAGGGGUGCUCAAUCUACUUAUCUAGUGUAAGCUAUGAGUAUUCCUUUAUUACCAGUGCAGUAAAAUCAUCUAGAUAUUUGCAGUAUUAAUUACUGCCAAAUUUUUCCUCCACGCGUUAUGAUAAACACUUCUCAAUUUAUCACUUGCCGAUCUCAGCGACCUUGCUUAGUUUAAAAGAAUCACAGUAACAAGUGAACUGAUCACUACAAGUUAAACUUUGACUGACGAAUAUCAGAUGUCCCUUUGGUACCAAUUUUAGACACCGUACUGAUACCAUCAGUUUUAAAAAUGAAAACAAUGACGGAAAGAUCUAAAUCUAUGUAGAGAUUUUCCAACCGAUAUGUACCCUUAAGGAAUUUUAAUCCUUAAGUUGAAAAAAAGUAAUUAAUUUGUUUGCAACAUCUUUCUAUCUUCACGUAAACAAGUUAUGACCUGAGUAAACUAUUAGUUACAAAGUGUCUUCUUCACAGGAGUCAAAUUAUAUGGACUUGUUUACCUAAAAUGUAUAAAAACCUGAAGGUAGAGAUACGAUCAAAUUUUCACAUCACUUCAGAAGACUUAGCGGUCGUUUCACUGUGAAGUCACGAAAAGGAACAUUUGCCAAAAUAAACUUCCAGAGUGUCAUAUCAUUAGCUAACGCACGGAAGAUAUAAAGGCAGUGCGUACAACACUUUAAACAAAGUGUUAAAAGAUAAAAUCUAACGUUGACGUUGGAUUGACUCAUAAGUAAUAGAGGGAACAAAUCAAACUUUGUAAUAUAAAGACUUUGUUCACGAGAAAUUAAGGAUAGCCCAGCAAUGCCAGAAAUUUGUUGAGAACUAUACCAAUGUUUUUUGCGCGCGGAUCCGCCACGGAUAUCCUAUCUUUACCGCCACAAUUUUUGCAGUCCACGUAAAGGAAGGCGUUCGCUUUUUGGUUACAGCAAGCCUACAACGCGCAUUUUUACUUGACAUGCUUUGUUAACGCAGCUCACGGUUUGAAUUGCAACGCACCGAUCAGGUCCCAUUGGCGCCUUACUUUUAAGGAGUCAUCAAAUUUAAGUGCGCAUGCGUUUUAGCAUUUCAUAGAGCCCGCAAAUUUAGACACUAAGAAUAACCAGGAGCCCAUUACUAAGUAAUGGGCUUCUGAAGAAACGCAAUUUAAAUAGUCUUUGAUGUAGUUAUUUCUAUAACCCACAGUUCAAGACAUGUGUAUAAAUAAAUCCAUUUAUUUUACUGACGGGGAAGUAAACGAGGUUCCAAGUUUGUCACUCGGACUCCGUGGGGUCAGGUUGAGCUUCUCUUUCAACUGAUCGACGGCCGAGCUUUCAUUGCCAACAGAAAACUGACAUAACAAUUAACCAAUCGCUUCUUUAUGAUGAAUUUACCAGCACUUCCUUUUGUGAAUUUUCUCUCGUAGAAUGCAAAGACAAAGGUUCACACAGUACUUGUAAGAAAAUUAUCACCGAACUGGGAUAUAGAGUGUGUUACACGGUCAUAAGUCAGCUGAAACUCAAGCUGGAAAGAAGCUGUUCCGCUAGUUGUCAUUAUUGUAAGUAGCUCUGUCCAGUGGUGCAUCCACGAAAUAUAAUCCUUGCAAUAAUCCUUGUAGCACAGUAAAUGAGUAAACAACCGACCAAAAGAGCAAUAAAAUGAAGACAAUUAUUUCAUAACCAUGGCAUCUACAGGAGUGACAUCCGUCUUGAUAAAAAAAUCGACAACGCGCUUCAACGAAAAACACUUGGUUUAAACUCAAAGGGUGUGUCAAUCGCGAGUCGAAAUCUUUUAAGCAUUUUCCAGUGCCCCCUCUGAAUAAAAAGGAAUAAGGGUGAGUCCUUGUUACGAGGUUUUCUUGGAACCAGGUUGCUACCCAGACAUGAACUCAGAAAUGCCCAAGUCAACAAUGGCUUUAAGCUUCUCAUGACAGUUAAAAAUACACCUGUAUGUAAGACUGGGAUAGGAAAAAAAAUGAUGAUAACUGAUCCACAAAGCGAGGAAUGACGCUUUUUUUAAGGAAGUGAGAAAUCUAAAGAAUCCAGAAUAACAGCAAUAAUAAAUAAAGUUGAUAUUGUUUGUCAAGGUGGAGAACCUCUCGAAAACUGCAGAAUAAACAGGAAUGGAUGUUGUUGGGAUGGUAGAACAACCAGUCAAGAUCCCUAUGGCAUAAAAGGCUGCCCUGGUAAGUAAAAUAGCAAAGGAAAAGAAUGCUGCUAUUGAAAUGAAAGGCUCCUAAAACUCAGCUCAAGGAGUACAGGAUUAACCUAGACAAGAGAGUUUGGUCACAGAUACCGGUGACGGAUCUUGGAGAGGGCCCCCCUACCUCCCUUGUUUUGGGUAAAAAAAAAAGAAUCGCAGAAAGAAGAAAAUCCGGCAGGGCUAGCGACAAAACCCCCCCCCUCUUCGUAACUUCUCUCAGUGAUCUUAGUAUGGUGAAUAAAUGAUAAGCUUUAGUGUCAGGAUUUUCUACAAUAAUUUAUGAAUAUCCCCUCAGUACACAUACAAAACGAAGGGGGACUCUUAACGUAUCAAUGUCCUCACUGGAACAACUGUGUUUCUUUAGAAUAUAUUUACUCCUCACUACGGAGAGGAAAGGGUGAAAGGGAUUACCUCGUUAACCUUUUGACUUCUCAAAGUGACGAGCAUCUAAUUUCUCCUUACAAUACCACUGCCGAUCAAAAAUCAAGGUCAUGAGAAUAAAGGAAACGAUCGCCUAUAGGAGAAGCUCUUGAUCGUUGUGUAAAUUCUUCUUGCUUGUACCAUGGGAAAUGAAUAGAGAACAGUAUGGAGAAAAUACAUUUUGAUUUUACGAUCUAAGGGUUAAACGUCACACCUGCUUCAAGUCCAUUGUGACGGUGGCACACGCGUAUUACUGCUCUUUUUGACCAUUUGUUCAAGAAAUCUAAAAUUCAUAUAUCUAUCUGGUAACCUUGAUUCAAAAACCCCGACCGUAACAACCAUAUGAUCCCCCAAAACCCAACCCCCCCCCGGCGAUAAUGAUUGGUCCCUAACGGGGAAGCCCAAAUUCCCGAUAAAUGAAUGACGCUAUUUUCUGAUUGUGCUUUUUUUUCUUUGGGCGGUGUCUAUAGAGUGCAAGGAUCAUUUUUCUUUGUGCAAACGAUUCAAGAAGUUUUGCACACAGUCACGACGAGAAAAUAUCGAGUUCAUGGAGUUUCACUGUCCAUUGACUUGCGGCAAGUGUAAUCACAGGAAUUUGCCAAUAAACGGACAGAAAAUCCGGAUGGACGAUUGGAGGAAAAUUUAAUUGCUGAACUAAGAAGGUAAGUAAAUCGACUUUCAUUGCAAAUCGCGCACCUAAAAAAAAAUGCUGAAGAAGGCCAAAGUACGUGAACUUCCUCGUUUGUGAAUCUGUUGCCAUUUUCUUAAGUAUAAACACGUCUAACUGUCAUCAGCCACGCUUGGAUCAGUUAGCGCGGUUAGGAAACCUAACAGGUGAACGAGGUUGGGUCAGAAUCAUGAUAAUCUAAAGCAUGAGUAAAAGGCUUCAACACUGAAGUAGGUAUUACUGAGUUAUAAUGAUCAAAAGUUCGUUUCUCUUUCAGAGAUUUGGUGGAUGGCAAAGUCCUCUCACAAGAUGGAACGUCAAUUGUUGUUACAUUUAAAUGUGAGGUUGCCUUCAAAUCAAUGACUAUGGAGGACCAAUGCUUUCAUUACACUCUUGCCAGCUGGAUGGUGAUUUUGGGCAAAUUUUGAGGGAGCGUCGAAAAAAAUUCAAGAUUGUAUUGAUUUUAAUUUCCUUUGCACUGUGAUUGGUCUGGAAAGUUCUCGACAAAGUUUAAACCAAAUACAUGCUGCAUUUGUUUUUUCAGCAAUUUAGACAGUUUUCUGAGAAGU